UAAUAAUAAUGUAAAAUAACAAUAGAAUGAUCUGGAGGAAAAUAGAUCCCUAAGGGAAAUAGCCAGGAGAUAGGGCAGCACAUUCAUGUGAUUUAAUAAUGGGAAAACUAUUCAUAUUUGGUGGAUGGAAUGGUAUGAAUGCUCUAGCUGACAUACAUAUAUAUGAUCUGAAUUUAAAUUAAUGGUCAGAAUUAUAAACUAAUGGAGAGUUACCAUCAUAUAGAAAUAAUCAUACGACAGCAGUUUAUUAAACAAAGUUAUAUGUUCAUGGAGGACAUAAUGGAAAUACUUGGUUAGAUGAUCUUUAUUAUUUGGAGACUAAUGGAUAACAUGGAUAAGCUAGUUGGUACAAAGUCCAUCCCUUAGGUUAAGUACCUACAGCUAGAGCUUGUCAUUCUUUAAAUAUAGUAUCUAAGAAAUUGUAUUUGUUUGGUGGUUAUGAUGGUUAAGAAUGUUUUAAUGAAAUUGAAAUAUAUGAUAUAUAAGAAAAUAGAUGGAUAUAACCUACUGUAAAUGGAACUAUCCCUACAGCUAGAAAUGCACAUACAAUGACCAGGUAACUAAAUAAUUAUAGUAGAUAUAAGGAAAAUUUAUAUUUGUUUGGUGGACAUUCUGGAGCAUAACAUUUAUAAGAUCUACAUGUUUUUAAUACUUUAAAAUUAGAAUGGACUUAAGUUAUUACUAAAGGUACAUUACCAAAAGGAUUGAGAGGACAUACUGCUAAUUUAAUUUAAAAUAAUAUAUAUGUAUUUGGUGGAUAUGAUGGUUCAGGUAGAUCUAAUGAUCUCUUUAUAUUUAAUUUCUUAACUUAUUAAUGGGUUAUACCAAAUCAUCAUGGAACUGGAACCUAUUUGUAAAUGGAAGAAGUAGCAUUAUCUUAAAUCCCUUAACCUAGAUAAAGACAUUCAGCUACUGCUACAGGUAUUUAUUUUAUGUAUAAUUAGAAAAUGAUCUUAUUUAUAUCUUUGGUGGAUUUGAUGGUAAUAAAUGGUUGAAUGAUCUUUAUGUACUAGAUGUUGGAUUAUUAGAAAAUCGUACUAUUCAAGAAGAAAAUUAUUAAAGAGUCAUUUCUAACAUUCAUAAGCAUCUCUUCAAUAAUCAAGAACUUAGUGAUAUAACAUUUCAAAUUGGAAAUUAAAAGAUUUAUGCUCAUAAAAGUUAAUAAUUUUAUUAUGUUUUAGUUUAUUUGGCUGCAUAAUCUUUAUAAUUUAAAGCUCUCUUUUUCUCUGAAACAAAAGAAAGUGAUUAGCAUACAUUCCUUAUUGAAAAUUACACUUAUAAAUCAUUCUAUAUUUUUCUACUCUUUGUUUACACUGGCUUUAUUAAUGUAGCUGAGUUAGAUAUUGAAUCUAUGGGAGAAGUUCUAAGUAUCUUAUAUUAUCUAUGAUAAUUUAGGCUUAGCUGAUUAAUAUUUGAUUGAUGGUCUUAAAAAUCUUAUGCAGAAAAGCAUUAAAAAAUAUAUUAAUAAUGAAACUGUUUGUGAUUUAUUAAUCUUUGCUUAAAAAUGCUCAGCACAUUCACUUAAAAAUGCUUGUAUGAAUCAUUUACUCAAAAAUAUUAAUAUUAUAUCUGAAUCUCCUACAUAUGAAAAGUUAGAAUUGCAACCAUCGUUACUUACUGAAAUAACAAGAGCAUUACUAUAACACAAAGAAUGA